GAGCUCGCUCCCGCCCCCCAAAAGAGGCUGAGGAAGAUUCAGCUGCAGCCACCAUCCCAUCCCGAGGAGCAGCACGAGUAGAAGCCGCCAAGAAUCAGAGCGCAAGGAGCACGGCCUUCCUGCCGUCGCCAUGGCCGGCUGCUGCGUCUUCCUGCGGUGGCCGUCGGCGUCGCCGUCCCGCAUCGGCUACCGCUCGCUCGACGACGAGGCGCCGGCGCCGGCCACGGUGACGGUCGUGGUCGGGAAGGAGCGGCGGGCGUUCUCGGUGGACCAGCUCGUGCUCGACUCCUACCCGUUCCGGGUGCUCCUAGAGACGGUCGCGCGCAAGGAGGAGCGCCGGGGCGGGGCCAUCUUCGUCGACGUCGACGCCAUCCUCUUCGAGCACAUCCUCUGGCUUGCCUGCGACCGCCGCUCCGUCUCGCAGAUCCUCCAGCUCGAUCUCAAGGAGAUCAUCGACUUCUACGCCCAGGACGCCUGAUUCUCUUCAUCUCUUAUCCGGCGGCCGGCCGGCCUGCCCGUGCCCGUCUUCUUGAUCAGAUUUUUUUUAUUCAUUUUUCUUCUUCAUCUUAUAUGCUAAUUAAUGUGCAUAUUGAUGAACUUGUGUUAGUAAAAUGAUACUGUUGGAAAUACUGAAGUAUAAACACAUGGCCGGUAGCCAUUUUCUGACUGACUGCCGUGCACUCCUUUGGUUA